AUGUCUUUCAACGCCGACGUCAUCGUGCCCCAAACCCUGCUCUGGGCGGGCUCCAUCAUCUCAGCCAUCGGCGGCGGCAUCAACGCCAUCAUCUCCGCCAUCGCGGGCGUCAUCGAGACCAUCAUCUCCGCCAUCGUCAGCAUCCUCGUCGCGAUCUGGGACUUCUUCAUCUGCAUCCUCUGCUGCCAGUGCUGCCGCUCGGGCGGUCGCCGGCGCGGGGGCUCGUACGGCUCGACCGGCACCACGGGGCGGCGCCGGUGGGGACGCCGUCGUGGCGCGGCGACGUACUGA